GAUCAACCAAUCAGAACAGUGAUGACAAAGGGAGUGGCUGGCAUUGGGAAAACAGUCUUAACCCAGAAGUUCACUCUGGACUGGGCUGAAGACAAAGCCCACCAGAACAUCCACUUCAUAUUUCCAUUCACCUUCAGAGAGCUGAAUGUGCUGAAAGAGAAAAAGUUCAGCUUGGUGGACCUUGUUCAUCACUUCUUUACUGAAACCAAAGAAAUCUGCAGCUUUGAACACUUCCAGGUUCUGUUCAUCUUUGAUGGUCUGGACGAGAGUCGACUUCCUCUGGACUUCCAGAAGCAGGAGAUCCUGACUGAUGCUACAGAGUCCACCUCAGUGGAUGUUCUGCUGACAAACCUCAUCAGGGGGAAACUGCUUCCCUCUGCUCGCCUCUGGAUAACCACACGACCUGCAGCAGCCAAUCAGAUCCCUCCUGAGUGUGUUGGCAUGGUGACAGAGGUCAGAGGGUUCACUGACCCACAGAAGGAGGAGUACUUCAGGAAGAGAUUCAGAGAUGAGGAGCAGGCCAGGAGGAUCAUCUCCCACAUGAAGACAUCAAGAAGCCUCCACAUCAUGUGCCACAUCCCAGUCUUCUGCUGGAUCACUGCUACGGUUAACCUGAUCUUCUAUGAAUCAGACCUGACAGAGUGUGGCAUCGAUAUCAGAGCAGCCUCAUUGUACUCAGGAGUGUUCACACAGAUCUUUAGAGAGGAGAGAGGAGGGCUUAUCCAGAACAAGGUGUUCUGCUUUGUCCAUCUGAGUCUUCAGGAGUUUCUGGCUGCUCUUCAUGUUCAUCGGACCUUCAUCAAUCAUGGUCGCAACCUGAUGGAAGAAACACAAACAUCUAAGAAGUUUUUAUUUUCUAAGAAACCUAAACCAAAGUCUUUUCACCAGAGAGCUGUUUAUCAGGCCUUACAGAGUCCAAAUGGACACCUGGACUUGUUCCUCCGUUUCCUCCUGGGACUUUCACUGCAGACCAAUCAGAGACUCCUACAAGGUCUGCUGACACAG